AGUCUUGGCUUACGCGUCGUGUGGAGCAGAUGGGAUGACGCCGCUGUAUCCGAUGUUCUCGUCACUCGUCUGGCAAUAGUUCGCGCAAGACACGCGGUUUUUCAACAAUCAUCAAAAGACAAUAUUAACAUUUGAGAGACUUUCUCAUGUUCGAGGAUUUUAUAGUUUAGAGCCGGUGAACGAGCCACUGCUGAGGGGCCGGAAAAUCUGUUCUUCUGUAAGAAAAGUUUUGAAGUAGAAGAUCAAAAAAAUGCUUCUCAAACUUUUUGGACUCCUACUUAUAACUGCAGUUCAAAAUUCUAGCAGUUUAUAUUUGGGCGAUUGCUAUCACCCUCUUGGCAUGGAAUCCGGCCAACUUCCUGAUGCGUUCAUCACUGCCAGCUCAUCCUAUGUCCCCAAUGUUGGCCCUCAGAAUGGAAGGUUGAAGGUGGAACGAGCCGGAGGCGGCUGGUGUCCGAAGCAGCAGAUAGAGAUGGGCGUGCGCGAGUACAUGGAGGUGGAGCUGGGGGCGGUGCACCUGGUGACGGGGGUAGCGACCCAGGGUCGCUACGACCACGGUCGUGGCCAGGAGUAUGCUGAGGAGUACACCCUCGAGUACUGGCGGCCUGGCCUACCCGACUGGAGGCAGUACACCAGAUGGGAUGGCAAACAGGUUAUCACCGGUAACAGUGACACAUCGACUGUGGUGAGCCAUCGCCUUAUGCCUCCGUUUUUCGCCAGUAAAAUUCGCAUUCUGCCCCACAGUGUGCAUAGAAGAACCGUUUGUCUACGUGCUGAAGUACUUGGAUGUCCUUAUCUCGAGGGAGUGGUAAGCUACAAUAUCCCCGCGGAACAGUCGUGGGAGCCGGGAAUCGAACUGGGUGACGUCACUUACGACGGAGAACGCAUCGGUUCAUCCCUGUCUGGAGGUUUAGGACGCCUCACUGACGGACUCUACGGCGGAGACAAUUUCAAACUUGAUAUUGGACUUGGAAAAGGGAACGGUUGGGUGGCUUGGAGAAACGACUCAUUUCCACGUAAUUACAUUGAGCUGACUUUUGAGUUUGAUGUGAUACGCAAUUUCAGCUCAAUCAGUAUUUUCGCCAACAACUGGUUUCCCAAGAAUGUACAGGUGUUUUCCAAAGCUAACAUUCAAUUCAGCAUUGGAGGAAAAUACUACAAUGGCCGUACUGUCAGUUACAAUUAUAUGCCAGAUCUAUCUUUAGAAAACGCGCGUAAUAUCACGAUCAAUCUUCAUCAUCACAUUGCCAAAUUUGUGAGGCUACAACUGUUUUUCGCUUCUCGAUGGAUCAUGCUGAGUGAAGUCACUUUCAAUUCAGAGCCCGUACCACAGAAUUACUCUUUGGAGCUUGAAACACCCGGAGCUGUUGAAGAAAUUGUGAUCUUCUCCGGAGAUGCUGUGGAUCUAUCGUGGGAUACUUAUGGAACAAUUGCAGAGCCAAGUGGUUCGCAAGGCUACAUUGAGAUUGUGAUCGGUGUACUGACGGCGGUUAUUCUUCUUUUGUUGAGUGUUUUCACAAUUAUCCUAGUCCUGAGUAGACGACAGAAGUUGCAUGGCUCUCCCACAACAAUUCUUCGUAACCCUCUCAACAUCAAGGACUUGUUCUUGAACUUGACUUCGGUGAAUGGAAUGGUGCACGUUGGUGGUGGUGGAGGGGGUGGGGGAGUGACCCCCUGCAGCCAGCAUGACCCCCCUCCCAGCGAUCCAUCCAUGUGCUUCUCGACCGAGGCCCAGUAUGUUGAUAUCAACACAACUGUCGAAAAAGAUCCUAUUCGUUCCGACGAUGAAUACAUAGAGCAAGAUGGCUUGAAUGUGUUUGGCGAUGAUGACAUCUAUUCUUCAAACGUAUACAGUCUGCAGAAUACACCUUUGAAAGCAUGCACACAGUCUGUUCAUUCAUUGGGAAAGCAAACGCUCAGCACUGAACACAUACAAAAGAAGAAACGCUAUCAUACUGCUCCAAGGGAUAAACAUAGGGUGCCGCCAGAAACAUCUUGGAAUAUUUCUCCGAGCAUGGGGCAGCCGUAUCGCUGCAGAGAAGUGGAGCUCACCGUUGUUCCCAGAGAAUGUUUAACAGUAUUAAAAACACUUGGCUCUUGCCACAUAGGAGAGAUAGUAAUUUGUGAGACUGAAGAGGUGGACGAUGAGAAGACAGUGCACGUGUAUGCGAGGUCGCAGCGACCCGAAUGCAUCAGGGAACUGCGUAUGAUGGCCGGUCUGUCGGACCCCAACAUUGUGCGCGUUCUGGGACUCUGCACCGAACAGCACCCGCCCUGGGCUGUGCUCGAGCACCCCGCCGAUCUGGGAGACUUGGUCCAGGUGCUGCACAACAAUUGUCACACGCUCAAAUACAGCUGCCUAAUGUUCAUGAUAACUCAAAUUGCGUCUGGAAUGAAGUAUCUGGAAUCUAAAAAUCUUGUUCACAAGGAUUUGGCAGCUCGAAACUGCUUAGUUGGAACAUCAUAUACAAUUAAGAUAGCUGACAUAGCAAUUUGUAACCCAUGUUAUCAGAAGGAUUACAGUGAGAUAGGUGGCAGACCUCCGGCUCCUAUUAGAUGGCUUCCUUGGGAGAGCAUUUUACUGGUAAGCUCUCGUGUAAUAUAAAUCAUUGAUUCAAGCAAAGACAGACAU